AUGAAGCUGCAUUACAUUGGAAUUAUCCAGAACGAGAGCAAGCCGGGCGUUGAAAUAGUCGCCGAGAAGGAGCUAAGUUCCUACUCGCGCUUCACCCGUCAAAACUAUGGCGAAUUCAUGACUAUGAUCGCGAAGACGGUAGCAGAGCGAACAAGGCCAGGGCAACGACAAGAUGUCGAGGAACAAGACUACACAUUCCACGCGUACGGGCGCACCGAAGGCGUCUGCGGCAUCAUCAUCUCGGACCACCAGUACCCAGCCCUGGUAGCGCACCAGCUGCUAUCCAAAGUCGUCGACGAGUUCCUCGCCGCGCACCCGCGCUCGUCCUGGUCCGCCGGCCAGACCCUCUCCAUGCCCGAGCUCAAGGACUACCUGGUCAAGUACCAGGACCCGCACCAGGCCGACAGCAUCCUCAAGAUCCAGCGCGAGCUCGACGAGACCAAGAUCACCCUGCACAAGACCAUCGAGAGCGUCCUCCAGCGCGGCGAGAAGAUCGAUGAUCUUGUUGCUAAGAGCGAUGGGCUUAGUACCCAGAGCAAGAUGUUCUACCAACAAGCGAAAAAGCAGAACUCGUGCUGUGUUCUCAUGUAG